CGAUUUCCCGUGCUGCUGCUGCUGCAGAGUACCGAUCUGUAUUGUCUGCCGCGUGUUCGCUAACGGGAAAGCUGAUAAAACGUUUAACAUGUUCAGGCUGAUCAUCCUGAUUGCUGCCGCAGUGGUCGCGGCCACGUGCGCGCCGACACCGGCACCGUUGCCAGGACCGAUCCCAGGACCGAUCCCAGGACCUGGACCGCUACCCGGACCAGGGCCGUUGCCGGCGCCGCUGCCAGGACCGGGACCGGUGCCGGGACCGGGGCCUCUCGGGCCACCAUUGUUGGGGCCUUAUCCGCUGGUCUACCCGCCGGGCUUCCUGAAGGCCUACCCGUACUACUCGGCGAUCCCCUUGGCGUAUUACCACGGCUACAAGUGGAUUCAUCCGGGCCCGCUCUACGUCUACUGAGACGAUCCCGGAUCUCCCGGGACCACUCAGCAGACCGCCGGCAACGACACACACGAUUUGCUCCGUCUCCGCUUAGUGCGGGGCUCGCCGCAACGCGCUAAAUGAUUCUGUACCGUGGAACGUCUCCCAAAUAAAAUAUGCUCUUGUCGCAGA